UUAAUAAAAGAAGAUGGGAAAAGAAGAACCUAAAUCACCGUCUCCUCUUCUUAACCCUAUUUCUAAAUGCUUUUGUCAGAAUAGAGAAGGACAUGAAACAGAUAUAAUACCACCUUGUAAAUCAAGUAAUCAUUGGAAUUAUGCUUUAUUACAAAUUUGUAAUUCUGUCUUUAAUACAACUUCACCUGCCAUUACUUCACCUCUUAAACACAUUUUAACUUAUGAACGUCAAUUAAAUAGACAAGAUGAUAGUUCAAUAAUUAACAAGUUCCGUUAUGUGCCCAACUACAAGUUUAAUUCAGAACCUUUUGCAGUAAAAGAUAUUUUUGAAUAUCGUCAACGACGGUCAGAACACCUCUUGCUUCGUUUAACUCAUUCCCUUCGUAAUGAUGAAUUUCAUCACUCUAUUCUUAGACUUACAAAAGGCGUUUUUAUGGUACAACAAUUAGAACCCCUUCAAUCACCAACGAUGAUGGUGAGGGAUGAAGAUUAUGAUGAUGUUUUUUUAACUCAAAGUAAACAAAUACCAUUCAUUGAUACAUUUUCGUUUAAUGGACUCUUUAAUGACAUGAUGCAACAAGCCAUGACUACUUCACCCGUUCAUAUAUAUAAAUCAAUAUCCUAUACAAUGGGUAUACGGUUUACGAAUCCAUACAAACAUAUGCGAGAUAUAGUUGUGAGAGGUAAUAUCCCACUUUGGUGUCAGUCUUUAUUUAUUGUAGAAUAUUUAAAAAGAUUACCUGUUCAACCAAAUGCGGUAUUAAAUGGACUCUUACCAUUUGCAAAAGAUAUUCUGUUUGAAUUUAAAUUAUUGUCAGCAGAUCAAGAUGUUCCCUUUCCAAUAUUGAUUCCAGCCUAUGAAAGAUAUGCUAUGGAAUUAAGUGAACCACAAAUACUAUUCAACUAUAAUUCUUUUAAAUCUAAUGAUAUGCAAAUUGGAUGGAAAGAAAGAGAAAAGAGGAUAUUAAAUGAAGUACUUUAUUGUGAUAUUUCAGAUGAAACAGCAGAAUUGAUUACUAAUUUAGCUAAUGAAUGGAAACUGACAUAUGAGGGUUUAAUAUAAUUCGAUUUUUAUUAUUGUUUUAAAAAGAAAAAUAAAGAGGA